AUGAGCAGAUGGCAUGGAGAACGAAAAAAGGCCGAAAAUGGAAAAAGAAAAAGAAGAGGCCCCAUAAAAAAUGACCUAAUGCACUGCAGCUCGCUUUUCAGUGUUCGUAAUCGAAUUUGA